GGACCUCCCCAAGCUUUUCACCUACUCCAUCACUCACCACCAGCUCAGCUCUCUCUCCUGCAACGACGAUCUGCUUCUCCGGCUUGAUCUUCUCUCCGACGAUCGGAAAAGAUCCAAUCUGAUCGAUUCAAAUCCGUUAAUCUUACGAAGAAACCGAAAGCAAAGAAGAAACUAUGGCGUUUGAGAAGAUCAAGGUGGCAAAUCCCAUCGUCGAGAUGGAUGGUGAUGAAAUGACCAGGGUUAUCUGGAAGUCUAUCAAGGAUAAGCUGAUUACUCCUUUUUUGGAGUUGGAUAUCAAGUACUUUGACCUUGGUCUUCCUCACCGUGAUGCUACAGAUGACAAAGUUACCAUUGAAAGUGCUGAAGCCACUAAGAAGUACAAUGUGGCAAUCAAGUGUGCCACCAUCACUCCAGAUGAAGGCCGUGUCACUGAAUUUGGCUUGAAGCAGAUGUGGAGAAGUCCAAAUGGGACCAUCAGGAAUAUCCUGAAUGGAACUGUUUUUAGAGAACCAAUUAUGUGCAAAAAUGUUCCCAAGCUUGUCCCAGGCUGGACGAAGCCCAUUUGCAUUGGAAGACAUGCUUUUGGUGACCAGUAUCGUGCCACUGAUGCUGUAAUCAAGGGACCAGGAAAACUGACCAUGACCUUUGAGGGAAAAGACGGGAAAACUGAAACCGAAGUCUUUACAUUUACCGGUGAAGGUGGUGUUGCUAUGGCAAUGUACAACACUGAUGAGUCCAUCCGUGCUUUUGCUGAUGCAUCAAUGAACACUGCUUAUGAGAAAAAAUGGCCGCUUUAUCUUAGCACAAAGAAUACCAUUCUUAAGAAAUACGAUGGCAGAUUCAAAGACAUCUUCCAAGAAGUCUAUGAAGCCAGCUGGAAGUCAAAGUAUGAGGCUGCUGGAAUAUGGUAUGAACACCGUCUCAUUGAUGAUAUGGUGGCCUACGCUCUUAAGAGCGAGGGAGGCUAUGUGUGGGCAUGCAAAAACUAUGAUGGUGAUGUCCAAAGUGAUUUCUUGGCCCAAGGGUUCGGAUCACUUGGAUUGAUGACAUCUGUUCUGGUCUGCCCGGAUGGGAAGACAAUUGAAGCUGAAGCAGCCCAUGGAACGGUCACCCGUCACUACAGAGUUCACCAGAAAGGUGGUGAGACCAGCACAAACAGCAUAGCUUCCAUCUUUGCUUGGACUCGUGGACUUGCACACAGGGCCAAGUUAGAUGACAACGCAAAACUCUUGGAGUUUACUGAUAAGCUCGAAGCCGCUUGUGUUGGGACAGUGGAGUCAGGAAAAAUGACCAAAGAUCUUGCACUCAUCAUUCACGGCUCAAAGCUCUCGAGGGACACUUACUUGAACACGGAGGAGUUCAUUGAUGCAGUCGCUGCUGAGCUCAAAGCAAGACUAGGCGUCAAAGCUUAAGAAAGUGAAGAAAAUUUGGUAAAAAUUCGAACGUUUCAGUGCCUCAGUUUCUUACAUGGUUGGUGGGGGUUGGUUGGGAUCGGAAGGAAUAAAAAAAAUGUAACUUUGGUAGAGAGGAAUGUUGAGAACGAUUUGUUUCCUCUCUUAUAACGUUUCCAAAUUAUUGAGACAUGUUUCCAUUUUUAUCCAGAACUCAAUUUUAUGUUUCGGAUUGGUUGAUCAUA